CAUUCUUUUGGGUUUUGGGAAGGGUUUGUCUAAGGACGAAAAGGCUCAAAAACUAGCUCUCCGACAUUGGCUUGAAGCUAUUGAUCCACGACACCGUUAUGGACACAAUUUACACUUCUAUUACGACGUGUGGUCAGCAAGCAAGAGCACUCAACCUUUCUUCUACUUGUUGGAUAUUGGAGAUGGCAAAUAACUGAAUCUCAACAGGUGUCGAAGAACAUAUCUACAAGGACAAUGCAUCAAAUAUCUUGGACCAAAAGGGAAGCAUUUGAAGACACCGUGGAAAGUGGAAAGCUUGUUUACAAGCAAUCUGGGACACUUAUUAACACCAUUGAGGAUUCCAAGUGGAUUUUUGUGCUUAGCACAACAAGAUCCUUGUAUGUUGGGAAAAAGAAGAAAGGGGAUAUUCAGCACUCGAGUUUCCUUUCGGGAGGGGCUACAACAGCUGCUGGACGAUCGGUGGCUUCUCAUGGAGUUCUUGAGGCUAUUUGGCCUUACAGCGGUCAUUAUCUCCCAACCGAAGACAGUUUCAAAGAAUUCAUUAUUUUCCUUGAAGAACACAAGGUGGAUCUGACCAAUGUUAAGAGAUGUGCUGUAGAUGUGGACCACACCUCGAAUAAAGCUGCUGGUGAUGAGUCUGAGAAUGGAGUGAUCGAAGAUCCAGAGGAAACAGAAAAAUCAACAGAUUCAAAGCAUGUGGAGGUUGAUGAUGAGCCCGGAAAUUAUGCAUGCAACAGGGCUGAAAGUCUAGAAACCAGCAUGGACACCAGUGCCGCCAAUUCGGAGGCACAGACAUUUCACAUGGCCAAGCGUUUGUCUUGUAAGUGGACAAAUGGGAUUGGUCCUCGAAUUGGGUGUGUCCGAGAGUACCCAAAAGAAUUGCAAUCCCAGGCUCUGGAACAAGUUAACCUAUCUCCAAGGGUCACCCCUGGUCCCUUUGCAAACUCUGGUCCGAUACCUUCACCACGACCAAGCCACAAAAUUCGAGACUCGUCCAGGCAUGCUUACAUGGGACUCCCUAGCCCAAGGGCGUUUGUUUUGGCAUCAAAUGAUAAAGAAUUUAGCAAAACGACUAUCAAAACACUCUUUUGAGGUUAUAAAUAUAUCUUCUUUUGUAUUAA